ACGCCGCCGAGAGCUAGUCCUCCAUUUCCUCGCUCCUAAAACGCAGAGAACCGGCGAAUCCGACUCUGAAAAUCCGAGCGGCUAUCAAGUUCGCCCCAUGAAUCGACCGGCGCUGUGACCUAUAAAUUAGGCCCACAAUAGACCUAAUUUCUUGAGAAAGUAAGAGUGGAGUCCGUUGUGCGAAAUCGGAACAGAAUUCAAAGAAAGUAUUAAUUCUCCAAAAAGGAAAUGACCAAUCGUCUGAGAUUCCGAAAUGGCAGAGGACUGGCUCUGCUGUGCGCUCUCCUAGGAACGAUGUGUGAGACCGGAUCCGGGCAGAUCCGCUACUCGGUAUCGGAGGAGCUGGACAAAGGCUCCUUCGUGGGCAACAUCGCCCAGGACCUGGGGCUGGAGCCCCCGGAGCUGGCGCAGCGCGGAGUCCGCAUCGUCUCCCGAGGUAGGACGCAGCUUUUCGCUCUGAACCCGCGAAGCGGCAGCUUGGUCACCGCGGGCAGGAUAGACCGGGAGGAGCUCUGCGCUCAGAGCGCGCGGUGUCUGGUGAGUUUUAACAUCUUGGUUGAAGACAAAUUGAAAAUUUUUGAAGUAGAAAUAGAAAUUAAAGAUAUUAAUGAUAAUGCUCCUAAGUUUCCAAUAGAAGAAUUAGAAAUAAAAAUUAGUGAAUUAACAGUUCCUGGAACCCGAUUUCCACUGAAAACUGCAUUUGACCCAGAUGUGGGCAUGAACUCCUUGCAGAACUACAAGCUCAGCUCCAAUGACUACUUCUCCCUGACUGUAAACAGCAUCUCUGAUGGGGCCAAGUACCCAGAACUGGUGCUGGAAAGGGCCCUGGACCGUGAGGAAAAAGAAGUUCACCAGUUGGUCCUUGUUGCCACUGAUGGCGGUGACCCUGUCCGUUCUGGCAACUUGGGCAUCAGAGUUAUAGUUCUGGAUGCAAAUGACAACCCACCAGUGUUUACUCAGCCCGAGUACAGUGUAAGUGUUCUGGAGAGUGUGCCAGUGGGCACCCGGCUGCUCACGGUCAAUGCCACAGACCCUGAUGAAGGAUUCAAUGCACAAGUGUCCUAUAUUCUAGAUAAAAUGCCUGGGAAAAUCGCUCAGGUUUUCCAUCUCAACCCAAAGACUGGAGACAUAACAAUAUUAAAAAGUCUAGAUUAUGAGGAUGCUAUGUUCUAUGAAAUUAAAAUAGAAGCACAAGAUGGGCCAGGUCUUUUUUCAAUAGCCAAGAUUCUAGUCACAGUUCUGGAUGUGAAUGACAAUGCCCCCGAAAUUACAAUUACUUCUCUCACAGGCUCAGUCCUGGAAGAAGCAACGGCAGGAAGAGAAAUUGCUCUCAUCAACGUACAUGACCGAGAUUCUGGGCAGAAUGGCCAGGUCACAGUUUUUAUCCCAGAAAAUCUACCAUUUCGUUUAGAAAAAUCAGUAGGCCAAUAUUAUCGCUUGGUGACCGCCAGAUCUCUGGACCGGGAAGAGAUGUCAGAAUAUAACAUCAGCCUGAGAGCCACAGAUAGGGGAAGUCCGCCCCUGUCCACGGAGACUCACAUUACUCUGCAGGUGGCAGACAUUAAUGACAACCCUCCCUCCUUCUCCCACUCCUCUUACUCUGCCUACAUUCCUGAAAACAAUCCCAGAGGAGCCUCCAUCUUCUCCGUGAAGGCCCAGGACCCAGACAGCGACGACAACGCCCGCAUCACUUAUUCACUGACGGAAGACACCCUCCAGGGGGCGCCUCUAUCCUCCUAUAUCUCCAUCAACUCCAACACCGGCGUACUGUACGCACUGCGCUCCUUUGACUACGAACAAUUUAGAGACCUGCAACUACUGGUGACAGCCAGUGAUAGCGGGGACCCUCCACUCAGCAGCAACGUGUCACUGAGACUGUUCGUGCUGGACCAGAACGAUAACGCCCCCGAGGUCUUGUAUCCUGGUCUCCCCACAGACGAUUCCACCGGCGUAGAGCUGGCGCCCCGCUCUGCAGAGCCCGGCUACCUGGUGACCAAGGUGGUGGCAGUGGACAAAGACUCAGGCCAGAACGCCUGGCUGUCCUACCGCCUGCUCAAGGCCAGCGAGCCCGGGCUGUUUAUGGUGGGGCUGCACACGGGCGAGGUGCGCACAGCGCGGGCCCUGCUGGACAGAGACGCGCUCAAGCAGAGCCUGGUGGUGGCCGUCCAGGAUCAUGGUCAGCCUCCUCUCUCCGCUACUGUCACGCUUACCGUGGCUGUGGCAGACAGCAUUCCUGACGUUCUGGCUGACCUGGGCAGCAUCAAGACCCUUGCUGACCCGGGUGACUCAGGCCUCACGCUGUACCUGGUGGUGGCUGUGGCUGUGGUCUCCUGCGUCUUUCUGGCCUUUGUCAUUGUGCUCCUGGCGCUCAGGCUGCGGCGCUGGCACUCAUCACGCCUGCUCCAGGCUGCGGGAGGUGGACUGGCGGGCAUGCCCACUUCACACUUCGUGGGCGUGGACGGGGUGCGGGCUUUCCUGCAGACCUAUUCCCACGAGGUCUCCCUCACAGCAGACUCACGGAAGAGUCCUUUCCCCCAGCCCAACUACGCAGACACGCUCAUCAGCCAGGAGAGCUGCGAGAAAAGCGAGCCUCUCCUGUUGUCUCAAGAUUUACUUGAAAACAAAGGAGACCCCAAGCUUCUCCAGGUGAGUUUGUUUAUGACUAUUAUAAGGAACAGUUAUGCUGAUGAAGUUAUUUUAAAAGUUUAA